AUGACGUGGCAGGGAAUUGAGGACGAUGCAUGUUUGCAUGAUGUUCAGAAAGGCACAGUGCUGGAUAUGAAGAGUGCUCGAAUGCCUGAAUAUGCAACGACGCCACCAGAUUACCUGACCGAGUCGGAGCUGAUCUCACUGAUGGAAAAGCAUGGUAUUGGAACGGAUGCCUCAAUUCCUGUUCACAUCAAUAAUAUUUGUCAACGUAACUAUGUCACUGUUGAAUCAAGGAGGCGUUUGGUACCAACCAAAUUGGGUAUAGCACUUGUGCACGGUUACUGGAAAAUAGAUCCGGAACUGGUAUUGCCUACAAUGCGUGGCGAAGUCGAAAGUCAGCUAAAUCUUAUCGCAAAAGGAUAUGCUGACUUCUCCGCUGUAAGUACCAUGAAUUUUAAUACUAUUGGAUUCACUGGCUGGGCCUUCUUUCGACUAGCCCGGUGCUCCGAUUUGUCGAGUCGGGUCGUCGGCUCCUUGGCGAUAACUUGGGGUAACAGCAGGGUGCACGUCCCUCGUGAGUCGUCCACACUACCACAGCACUACACUGAAUCGAUACUCCACUGGACCGAUAGUAUUUUACAAUACAGACACGGCGGCCUUAUAUAG